AUGCUGUUAACUGUGGGCAAGAUGUACUCGUACAGUACUUUGAAAGAUACCACUGGAUCCGUCAAAAUCAUAGCUGUGGUAAAAUUCUACAAGGAACCGAAACGGACAAUAACGGAUCGAUCGCUGGAUGGUGACAAAAUGACUUGCGUUUCGUUUAAUGAUACGAGAGAAAAUUUACCGCCCGUUCGAGAAUCUGGUGACGUGAUUGCGAUGCAGCAUCUGGUUAUCAAUGAAUUUCGCGAUCAUGUCCAGAGUUGUGGUUACGCCAGUAUCGGAUUUACAGAAGCUGUGUUUUCUAAAAAGAUCAACGAUACGCUAACACUCCGACAGUGUCCAGUUGCAUGCAGCCCUAAAGAGCCGAAGUUCAACCGUGUGAAAGAACUGCGCAAUUGUGCGACAUCCGAGCAUCAGAUCGAACUGAUCUCCAUCACCGCAAACGGGUACAUUGAAAAGAAGGUUUCCUAUUUAAACUCCAGCUUGUGGUCUGUUCCUGUCGGUGUCUAUAACGAGCACUCUUCGAAAUCCAUCAUGUCCGAUUCGAAACUAGGUGAGCUAGUUCAGAUCAACAACGUUCACAUUUUUACCAUGUGA